CUACAUAGCCUUCUCAGCUAUUUUCUACACCUCUCACUUUCUCUGCCACUCUUUUCUAUAAAAUAAAAAUAAUAAAAUUCAGAGCCUUAUUUGCAAAAGCAAGCCCCUCAAAUUUCAGUGCAUUUUUCUCUGCUUGCUUUUCCCAACCAUGGUUCUUAAGCAGUCCUUGAAGUUUGUUCUUGCCCUCUCUUUUCUUGUCCUCUACUUUGAUUCCAUCCAUGUAAAUGCCCUUAACAUUGGUGUUCAAGCCACAGAUGCCUCUAUUGUUCUGAGUAAGGAUUGCAGUAGACAGUGUGAGUCAGAGUUCUGUACAGUGCCUCCAUUUUUAAGAUAUGGAAAGUAUUGUGGACUCUUGUACAGCGGAUGUCCAGGGGAGGAACCCUGUGAUGGCCUUGAUGAAUGUUGCAUGAAGCAUGAUGCCUGCGUUCAAUCUAAGAACAAUGAUUAUCUAAGCUCAGAGUGCAGCCAACAGUUCCUAAAUUGCAUGGCCGAAUUCAGAAACUCAAAAGGGAAAACGUUUAAUGGGAACACAUGUCACGUUCAAGAUGUUGUUGAAGUUAUAACUCUUGUCAUGGAAGCUGCAUUAGUUGCUGGAAGAUAUCUUCAUAAGCCUUGACACACAGAGAGAGAGAGAGAGAGCUUGCAGCUCUUCUCUUUUCUUAUUGUUUCUGAAGUCUUUUUUUUUCUUUCUUUUUUCAUGUUCUUUCUUCUUGCAUAGGUGGACAGCACAUGCCCUUAUGCCUUUACUUAAAAUUUCCACAAAAAUUUCAUUGCACAAUUCUCUCACCGAAACCAGCAUAUUUUUCAUUCCUUGUGUCUUUGCUUCAGGGGAGGGGGGAAAAUGAUUGAAAUGGGAAGAAGUGAAGAUUGUAAAUUUCAUUUGAUACUUCAAUUUUGUAGAUUUUCAAGUUGAUAUGGUAUUUUAUCCCUCUCCCUUUACAUAUUGCAAA